UUUAUUGUAAUUUUUUUUGAGGAACACAUUCUGUUAAAAAGGCACCAUGCUUCCAACCCCUCACUCUCUCUUCCUUGCAGAAACAAACAAAAUGACCUCUCUCUCUCUCUUCCCUCCCUCUCUUCCAAAUUAGAGUGCCAGACAGUUGACGGCAUGCUUUAAGACUAAUGUAUCCUCCCCCUGAAAUGAGAGAGAAGGGGCCGGCUUCAAGCUUUAUUGGGAACACUGUCUACCAAUGUGGUUCAAAAACGUUGAUACCAUGGUAUCCUUCAGAGAGCUUCCAAGUCAGUUUGCACAAGCCCCGAGGUCUCUCCUUAACGUCUGAGGAAUCAUUACAUUACAACCAUAGCUUCUCUUUUAACUGGAUCAGUAAUGACAAGCCAGGUGGCACUUCUUUAGCUGACUAGAGUGCCCAGUGUCUAAAACCUAGUAAUUAGGUCUCAGAACAUCAUCAACCUCCCCCCAAACUCAGGGCACCUACACCUCUGUCACCAGUGGCUAUAUCUUGUAACUGACUCCCUCUUUCUCUGAUCGUGGCUUUUGAAACGGUCUGACUUCAAAAAAGUUCUCUAAGCAAGUCGUGGCUUCCCCAUUGUGAGCGAGCACAGUCCUGUCUGUUUAAACAUUUAUCAGCACGGCAGCUGAGCAGACGCCUUCUGUCUGCAAGCGGUAUUGGCAAAUCUCCUCACAAGGCUUGGGGGAAAAACGGAAAUAUUUGGCCUCAAGAAAAAAACAAAACAAAACCAAAAAAAAAAACGCUCUGUCUACAGACCACUGAUUCUUGCCAUGAGACUGUGGGUUCUACUAGCUCUCUGGUUCAUUGUUUGUCUGAGCCUCAUUCUGGCUCAGAAGCAGCAGGUGUCACUUGCCCGGGGAAAGAGGAGAAGGGGCGAACAGAGAAGAGGCAAAAAAGUCAUCUCCAGUCAAUUGGCCCGUCAGGGUGGCGUGCCAGUUCUCAAUGAUGCUGGGACAACAAUUUUCCUUAAGUCAUACAAAAGCGUCAAUGAACAGGAAUCCAACUACAACAUCAUUCCAGGGAGAAGUGGACAAUGUCAGUACAUGGGCAUUACCAUGUUUGACAAAGCUGUUUGGUCGCCUAAGCCCUGCGUCACCUGCUUAUGCUCUGAGGGAUCAGUGGUGUGUGAUGAAGUCGCAUGUCCAAUUCUGCGCUGUCAACUCCCCUACACACCCACUGGAGAGUGCUGCCCAGUGUGCAAAGACCAUGUGCUUGAUGUCCCUGACUUUUCUGGCGAUUCCCCAGUGUCCAAUGACCCUAGUGAGCCAGACCUCUGGUUACAGCGCACACCAGCAGAGAUCGAAGAGAUUCUAAGACAAGAGGAAGAGGAACACAGGGAGGAGGAAGAACGUCUUCGCAGAAAAGAUGAAGAAAAGAGGAAAAACAAGAAGAAAAAGGACAGGGAGGCAGCUGAGAGGAAAGCUCGGGAUGAGCUGAGGAAGGCAGAGGAGGAGAGAUGGCUGAGGGAGGAAGCAGAGGCUGCAGAGGAGAGGAGAAGGCGACAAGAGGAACAGAGAAAACAUGAGGAGGAAAGAAUGAAGACAAUGGAGACAGAACAAAGACUGAUGCUUAAGGCAUUAGAGGAGGCUGCUGAGAGAGCAGCUGAGAGAGCCUCAGAGAGGCAAACGGAUCAAGAGGAGGAGGAAAAUGAGGAAAUUGAGUGGUUGAGGGGUGAUGUCUUUCAAAUGCCCCCAUUGGAACCGACAGCAGUAGGGCUUCCACCUCUCCCGCCCUUAAGUGAACCAGUUGAACCCACAGAUGAAGAGGAGAAUGAUGACGCUGACAGUGAGGAAGUAGUGAUUCAGAGUACACAAUCUCUUCCCAAGGGGUGCACCAUAUCUGAUGUAACUGUUAACUGUGACAACGCAAAACUCUCCAGCAUCCCACCCCUGUCAAUCCCUGAACUGAAAUCUUUAAGUCUAGAGGGUAAUGAUAUCACAGCAAUCCCAGCGGGGGCCUUUAAUGGUAUUCCCAAUCUGGAAUGGAUAAACUUUGGCAAGAACAAGAUCACAUCUCAAAACAUCGACCCACAAGCAUUCAAGGGCCUGAAAUUACUGAGUCGUUUGUACAUGGAUGGAAAUCUCCUUGAAAAAAUCCCUACUGCUCUUCCUUCAACACUGCAAGAACUGAAGAUCAAUGAAAACAACCUUUGUGAAAUUAAUGAAAACAGUUUUGCGGAACUGCACAACCUGAUUACUCUGGAAAUGGAAGGUAACGUGUUGAGUGAGAGUAAUGUGGAUCCUCAGGCCUUCAUAACUCUGACUGGACUCUCCUACCUGCGUCUAGGCAGGAACCACUUCCGCACUAUCCCCCAAGGCCUGCCCCCUUCGCUGCUGGAACUUUACCUGGAGAACAAUGUGAUUGAGGAGAUAUCUGAGGGAGCUUUCAAUCAGACCUACAACCUGAAUGUAGUAGUACUGAGACACAAUAAGAUUGAUGAGUCUCGCAUUGCACCACUGGCCUGGAUAAACCACAAGACCCUGGAGUCAAUAGAUCUCUCCUACAACAACCUAUAUCUUGUCCCAUCCUUUCUCCCAAAGUCCCUUCUCCACUUAGUGCUUGUUGGGAACAAGAUUGAAAGGAUUCCAGGGUAUGUGUUUGCUCAUAUGGACCAAGGUUUAGAGUACUUAUAUUUGUCCUACAACAAACUGGAUGGUGAGGGGAUCGAGCCGGAGUCCUUUAUUGGCUGCCUCCAAUCCAUGACUGAGCUCUGUCUGGACCACAAUCAAAUCACUAGUGUCCCUAAUGGAAUCAAUGAGAUGACUUCACUACACUUUCUUAGACUCAACAACAACCAAAUAAGGAAUAUUGCUGAGGACUCCAUCUGCGAUCCCAUCAAUGAAGAAGACUCGCAACUUGUGGCACUACGCCUAGAAAACAACUACCUGGACUUACGAAAAAUUCCACCCACUACAUUCUCCUGUGUCAGAUCCUACUCCAGUGUUGUUUUGAGGCCACAGAAGAUUAAAUAAAA